AUGUGGUCUGGUGCACUUCGAGCUGCGCUUAUAUGGACCAAGGCUUCAAGAUGGAGGAAAGUGUCCAAAUGCAAGAGCCUGGUUAAGCAAGUUCAAAUGCACUUAACCAUCCAAAAGAACAGGAGAGACGCUAUUAUAAGGCAGGCACGUGUGGACAUAGCCCAGCUUCUACAAAAUGGCCAGCCACAGCAAGCUUUAGCUAGGGUUGAGACACUCCACAAGGACCAGUGCCUUUUGGCUGCUUAUGAUCAAAUUGACCAUUUCUGCAGUUGCAUGAGCAUCAGCAUUGUCCAUGUAUUCAAAAACAAGACUCUGCAAGAUUUGCCUAGUAGUGUUGGAGAAGCAAUGGCGAGUUUGAUAUUUGCUGCCUCAAGAUGUGGUGAACUGCCAGAGCUGCGUUUGCUGCGUGGCCUGUUUACAGAGCAAUAUGGAUGGGAAUUUGACAUUACCAGCGUUGAAUUGCGACCUGGGAAUCUUGUAAAUUCUCAGUUGAAGGAGAAACUAUGCAUAAAUCUGAUUCCAGAUGAUGUGAAACAAGGGUUAUUAAGUGAUCUAGUAAACAAGAGCAGUGUUCAGAUGACGCUCCAGAAAUAUAGCUUUUCAGACAAAGAUUUCAAGUAUGAGCAGAAAUCUGAUGGGAUUCAAAUACAAAUUCCAAAAUUGGAGACAGCGAGGAAAACUGGGAUAGUCUGUUCUCUGUCAAACGGUAAGUUCUCAGUGGCUACUCCAUCCCAUUCUCAAAUUUGCUCAAAUGGUACUUAUGGUUUAGGUGACUCAACCAAAACCAAGAAAAAUGCAGAUCAAGAUCAUCGCAGCAAUGGAAACAUACAUAUAAAUAUUGACUCAGGGGGUAGAAAUGCAAGCUCUAGAACAUAUGCCAUGACUAGUUUACCUAGAAAAAGCCCAACUAGGAAAAUGGUUCCAUCCAAAAUCCGGUAUGACCAUCUCUCCCCGAUGGAUGCUCCGAACAAAGAUCGUUCCAAGAUGUUGGCGAAGGGUCGCCAUUCUUUCAGUGGUUCGGCUGACGAACAUAAAAUGGCAAAGGGAAUAUCUCCUUGCCAUGUCCACCCCAAGCUUCCAGAAUAUGACGAUCUAGUGGCCAAACUUCGUUCUCUCAAGGCGGAGUAUAGGCAUCAUAAAAGCUUCUCGUUUUUCUGA